AUGCCGAAAGUGUCAUUAGACUCGACAGAUUGCGUGAUGGCCAGUCAUUUUUGGAGCAACAAAGAGACACAGCACGUGGAAUUUGUAGUGUUGCCAGAAUAUAAAAAGAAGAAAGAAAAUAGAAAAUGGUUGUCGCCGAAGCGUGGAGACUUGACAUCUUACUGUGGGCGAUACCGUUCCUCAUCCUUGUCGGAAUCAUUGUGGUCCUUGGUCUACUAG